CCUUCACUCCCGCACGCCACGCCCAAUCGGCCACCCUAGGCUGGGCCACGCCCAAUCGGCGACGGGCCGGCUGGGCGUGGCUUGCCGAAGCGGGCGGGGAGCGUUACGUGGCCGGACUACAGUCUCCGCUCGCCACUCAACCUCUGCGGAUCAGCUGAUGAGCGGUAGAUUAAGCAGAGGCGAGACCCAGGGCCCGCCUGGAUUCAAGGGGAGGAGAAAUAGACUCCACCUCUAGAUGGGAGGAGUAGCAAAGUGACACUGCAAAAGCUUGUGCCCUGGAGGGAUUGAUUGCUGGACCGUCUUUGGAAACAAUCUACCAGAUAUGAGAUGAGAAUCUAGUAGUGGUAAUGGAAAGAAAGAGCCAGACUGCUUCCUAGAACUUCAGACCUGAAUGCCAGCUGUCAACUGGACAUCUCACAGGUGCUUGUUCAGAACGACAUCCCCGGUCCUCGUACUUGAAGUAUUUCCUACCCCAACUUAAGUUUAAUUUGCAGGGCCUAUUCUACAAACCUGAGAGAGUAGAGAGAAGGUCACAUGAGACAUAUAGCAAGAAAGUGGUCAUCUACAAGCCAGGAAGAAAGCUCUCACCAGAAACCAAAGUUGCUAGCACCUUGAUCAUGGACUUCUAGCCUCCAGAACUCUUCCAUCUCUCCCGGAGAUCCCAGCAAGACAACAUGCCUCCCAAGAAGCCUGAACCUAAGAAGGAAGUGGCCAAGGCCGCCCCAGCCUCUGCCCCAGCCCCAGCUCCUGAGCCCCCCAAGGAACCUGCCUUUGAUCCCAAGAGUGUAAAGAUAGACUUCACUGCCGACCAGAUCGAAGAAUUCAAAGAGGCUUUCUCGUUGUUUGACCGGACGCCGACUGGAGAGAUGAAGAUCACCUAUGGGCAGUGUGGGGACGUGCUGCGGGCACUGGGCCAGAACCCCACCAACGCCGAGGUGCUGCGCGUCCUGGGCAAACCCAAGCCUGAAGAGAUGAAUGCGAAGAUGCUGGACUUCGAGACGUUCCUGCCCAUCCUGCAGCAUAUCUCCCGCAACAAGGAGCAGGGCACCUAUGAGGACUUUGUGGAAGGGCUGCGUGUUUUCGACAAGGAGAGUAAUGGCACAGUCAUGGGUGCUGAGCUUCGCCAUGUCCUCGCCACCCUGGGAGAGAAGAUGACUGAGGCUGAGGUGGAGCAGCUUUUGGCUGGGCAAGAGGAUGCCAACGGGUGCAUCAAUUACGAAGCCUUUGUCAAACACAUCAUGUCUGGGUGAAGCAGAGCCCUCAGGGUGCCUGGCCCUGGGCCAUAACCUUUCUGGGGCGAGUUAAGCCAGAGGCCCAGAGUGACUGAGCUGGAGCUGGGGAGCUGGGGUCCUGGACUUGCCACUGCAUCACAGCCCCGAGGACACCCUGGGCCAGUAGCCCACCCUGUAAAUAAACGGUUCUGGCAAGCCUGG